AUGCAGAAAGAGAGUAACCUAAAGUUUCCGGACAUAGCGUCGUUAUCGAUAUCUUCGUUUUCUGAUUAUCAUUCGGUUUCUUUCUCUGGGAAAGAUGUGCAGAAGGAGGAGGUGAUUGAUAUUUUGGACCAGCAGGGGUUUAUGCCGGAGACUUUGAUGGAGCAGGAGGUUGAUUGGUUUUAUGAGUCAUUGGGUAUUGAUGAUUUAUUUUUUAGUAAGGAAUCUUCUAAUAGUAUUGCGAAUAUCAUUCAUACGCUAUAUGCAGCCAAGAUUGAGUCGUUUGCUAGGUCAAGAAUUGGGGAGAGUGAGGAUAGCGGGGCGGCUCCUGGGGAUUUUUCUAUUAAGAAGAAAGUUAUAACAGACAACCACGCAGUUUUUAUUGAGACGGGUGAUGAUUUUGACAAUGAAAUAGACGCCAAGUAUUUAGAUAGUUCCGAUUCAUCUUACAGGUUAGUUUCGUAUUUUGGGGAGAAUGGUUUGAAGUUGUUAUUUUUGUAUGAAACCAAGUAUCCUGGAGAGUGUACUCAUAUCGAUGCGGAGGCGUUGGUCAGAGGGGAUAUCGACCCAAUUUCUGAUGUGAUUAUGUCUGAGGUUACGUCUGCUGAAAAUAAGAAGUUAUAUGGGCAGUUGAUGCAUCUACUUUCUGAGCGUGAAGGGCCUGUGAUUAAAACUUUUAACUCUGUUGCCAAUCGUGAUGAGGUCAGAUUGAUUGUGGCGUUUAGGAAAAAUACAACCAAGCGUUAUUUUUCAGCUCUAACAUCUUUGUUGCAUUAUUAUCACUUACAGCCAUCCAAGAUAUUUACUGAGACAUUUGCUAAUGGGGUUGUUAUCUACUCUAUCUACCUAAACCAAUCCGAACAGCCAGAGGAUAUUGUUCAAAAUCUAUCGCUUUCUAUUUUGCAAGUGGAAAGAGAAGCUUCGUUGUUGUACGCCAUUCCGAACAACUUCUUUGAUGACUUAUAUCGUUUGAGGCAGUUUUCGCCGCAGGAGGCGAUAUAUGCCCACACUGGAUCGAUUUUUGUCAACCACUUUAUCAACCGUUUAGGUCAAGAUUAUCAUACAUUAGUGAAACAGUUGAGCGUUAGACCCACUGACACCACGAUGUCGGAGGUGUUAAACAAUUUGAAAAAGAAGUUAAGAAAUGAAACCUUUACUCAGCAGAUGAUCAUAGACAUUUUGCAUAAGUACAAAGAGAUCGUCUCUAAACUUUACAAGAACUUUGCCCAAGUUCAUUACACUUCCACACAAACAUCUCGUUUUGAAAAAACAUUGUCCUAUCAGCGGAUGUCUAGAUUGGAGCCCUUCAAGGAUGACAAUGAGUUUGAGCUAUAUCUAACUAAGUUUAUUGCGAACGAUUCGCCGGCUCUAUUAAUAUUAAGAACAUUGAAGUUGUUCAAUCAAUCUAUCGUAAAGACCAAUUUCUUUAUUACUCGUAAAGUUGCGAUUUCAUUUAGGUUAAACCCUGAACUAAUAAUGCCUGUAGCAGAAUAUCCAGAAACUCCAUUCGGUAUUUUCUUCGUGGUGGGUAGCACUUUCAAAGGUUUCCAUAUAAGAUUCCGUGAUAUUGCACGUGGUGGCAUCAGAAUUGUGUGUUCCAGAACUCAAGAUCAAUACGACAUGAAUUCCAAGAUGGUUAUUGAUGAGAACUAUGGUCUUGCCUCUACUCAGCAAAGAAAGAAUAAGGAUAUACCGGAAGGCGGUUCUAAAGGUGUUGUAUUGAUGAAUCCUGCCUUGACAGGGUCAACCGACACUUUUGUUGCAUUUUCUCAAUAUGUUGAUGCUAUCAUUGACAUCCUAAUCAAAGAUCCAAAGAAGGAGAAAUAUGUUGAUCUACUAGAACAUGAAGAAAUCUUAUUCUUUGGUCCCGACGAAGGUACUGCAGGGUUUGUGAAUUGGGCUACCAAUCAUGCCCGUAAACGUGGUUGUCCUUGGUGGAAGUCAUUUUUGACAGGUAAAACAGCCGAUUUAGGUGGUAUUCCUCAUGAUGAAUAUGGAAUGACCUCAUUAAGCGUCCGUGCAUAUAUCAAUAAACUUUAUGAAACCUUAAACUUGAAAUCAACCAAAUUGAAUAAGUUUCAAACAGGCGGUCCCGACGGAGAUUUGGGUUCUAAUGAAAUAUUACUCUCAACAGAUAAUGAACAAUAUGUUGCGAUCGUUGAUGGAUCUGGUGUGUUAUGUGACUCAAAUGGGUUGGAUAAAGCGGAAUUGCGUAGGUUGGCUAAGGAAAGAAAGAUGGCUUCACACUUUGAUACUUCCAAAUUGGGAAAUAAUGGGUUUUUUGUUUCAGUUGAUGAGAUGGACGUAAUGCUACCCAAUGGCACCAUUGUUGCCAACGGUACUACUUUUAGGAACAGAUUCCAUUUCGAAAUCUUCAAGUUUGUUGAUCGUGUCGAUUUGUUUGUUCCAUGCGGUGGCAGGCCAUCUUCUGUAGACAUUAACAAUCUACCUUAUUACAUUGACCAAAAAUCUGGCAAAUGUAAGAUCCCCUAUAUUGUUGAAGGUGCCAACUUAUUUUUCUCCCAACCCGCUAAAGUUACUCUAGAACAACAUGGAUGUAUCUUUUUCAAAGAUGCAUCUACUAACAAAGGCGGUGUCACUUCAUCUUCGAUGGAGGUUUUGGCUUCUCUAGCUUUAAGCGACGAAGAUUUCUUAGGUAAAUUUGUUGAAGUUGAUGGCAAGAGAACCCCUCUAUAUGAGGAAUUCGUUCUUGAAAUUCAAGAAAAAGUCCAAAGAAAUGCAAUAUACGAGUUUGAAAGAUUGUGGUCAUUGAACCAGGAAACUAAAGAACCCAUUUCAGAGUUAUCGAACAUCUUGUCCCAGACUAUCAACAAGUUGAAUGACGAUCUAAUCAACUCUAAUGAAUUAUGGCUGAAUGACCUAAGUUUAAGAAACUAUUUAUUAUUGAACAAAAUUAUCCCCAAAUUGUUAAUUGAUGUUUCUGGACCACAAGCUGUAUUGGAUAGCGUCCCAGUGCAAUAUUUAAAAGCAUUAUUGUCCAGUUACCUAUCCAGCACUUACGUGUAUAAAUACGGUAUCGACAUUAACAUGGGCAAAUUUCUAGAGUUCAUAGGUGAACUUAAGAGAAACGCAGAAGGUGUUCAACUAGUAUGA